UAAUAAUUUCAGCAUCGUUACAAGAACGCAUUACGGGAAUACCAAAAGCUUGAAAAUGGCGGCUUAGUGAUGGUACCAUUUGGAAUAUUUUGGUCUCGCUAAGGCGUUGCAAAUUUCUAAAAACGAUGCCGCCAGGAAAGUCAAAACCUAAAGAUGACACUUGGACAACAAAUGAGCUGAAUCAAGCAUUAAAGGGAGCACGUGGAGAUCAGGAUAGAAAAAGAAGAUCAAGGAAUGAUGAUGAUGACAGAAGACUCAAACACCAUGAUGAAGGAGAUGCAAGUCGGCGCAAACACAAAGAUGGUAGCAAAAGGUCACACAGGCGUGAAGAUGAUGGUGGUAAAGACAAAAGCAGAAGUAAUCGAGAUGCUUCACCUGAACCUUUGGUGGGACUUACUGAGGAGGACAGAGAAAGGUUAAGACAAGAGAGACGGGAGAGACGAGGAGGAAAAACAGAGAAAAAGGAGGAAAAGCCUCAGCAUAAGGAAGAAAAGCCUGUAGACAACAAUGAAGAUAUAAUAAGACGCCAUCACAGAGAUGAAGAAGAACGCAGACGUAGAAAAGAAACAAAUGAUGAGAGGUAUGCAAAAGGUGACAGGGGGCAGAGUAAAGACAGAGAGGAAAGAGAGCCAAGACAAGCAGACAAGGAGAGAAGGCAUGAAAAAGGUAACAGAGAGAGAAGACAUGAAGAACGUGACAAAGAGCAAAGACGUGAAAAGAGUGACAGAGAGCGCAGGUAUGAAGAUGCUGACAGAGAGAAAAGGCAUGAAGAACGUGAAACAGAGCGGCGGCAUAAAAAAGAUGAUUCAGAACGGAAACGGGAAAAAGAGGACACAGAAAGGCGCCAUGAAAAAGAUGGCAGGGGAAGACACUUUAAAACAGAUGAAGAGGAGCAUGAUUAUAAUAGGAAUGAAAGAGAACAGCAUAUAGAACGAGAGUAUAAAAUACAAAGACGACACAGGAGUGGGAAGGAGUCAGAACACAGAGAGGUUGAUGAAGAUGAAUAUGAGCGUAGUCAUCAUGAGAAGAGAGAAAAGAGAGAAAAACACAACAGACAAACUGAGGGCAUGGAACUGACUGCUCAGGAACUAGCUAAGAGGGAAAAUCAUCACCGUGAAAGAGAUGAUGAUCGAGAUCAUGGCAGAUAUCAACAGGACAAAGAUGUCAAAAAUGGGGAGGAUAAGAAUAGAGACAGGGAGAGAGAAGAACGUCGGCGCAGAAGAGAAAAAGAAAAAGAAGAGCGCCACAAGGAUCGGAAAGAAAAACAAAAAGAUCCAGAUGAAUGGACUAAGGAACGAGAGAAUUAUCAUAGAAGCAGGGAUUCUGAGAAGGAUAAACAAAGUCAACAAGAACAGAAUAAAGAACAGCAGAAUGCAAAGUAUGAGAAAAAGCAAAAAGAGGGAAAGGAGAUGAUUUUUCAGGCAAAUGCUGAGGACAAUUACGAUGAAUAUGAAGAUGAUUUUGAGGACUAUGAAGAAGACUUUGAAGAAGAAAACCAGGAUAUACAACAAGACUCUGACAGUGGAGGAGAUGACCAAGAUGUCCAGGAUUACAACCGGAAUAGGAUGCCAGAGAAAACACAUCCAAAAUCUUUUAUUAACUUCGUCUCAGCCAAGCAGCGGGUCAUGAACAAGUCAGCAGCUAGCAGAGCAAGACAUCGUGCAGAAGAUUUGCAGAAUAUGAUCGAGCUGGACACCGUCUGCUAUGACAUGCUUGACUUGCCACCUGUCAAGGAGUAUGAGCUCUACAUUCGCAGCUUUGGACGCUCAAACACUAAACAAGCUUAUGUGCAAACAAAUGAAGAUGCUGUUGAAAGGGAUGUCCAGACAGAAAAAGCAGAUGACUUGAAAAAGUGGACACAACACCCUGCAGAUGACAUAGAUGCUUGUGGAGGGGAGGGACUGCUGGUUAAAGAGAGUUCAUCACAUACACGAGCAAACAGCAACCUUGAAACAAUUGCUUUAGGACAUUUCCUGGAACAGUCUGCCCAGAUAUUUAGCACUUUGCUAGAGGAAGAGAGGGGACUGGGUGAGCGCAGUGACUGUACUGCGGACAAAUCAAACCUUAGCAUCAGUGAAGGAGUCACACAACUUGCUUCUCUCCCUUUUCUCGCAGGACGCUAUGUUAAACAAGCUUCUUUCUGUCUCCUACAGCCGCACGUGUUUUUGACAAUAUAUAGCAAACCAAAGGAGGUUUCAGAAGAAAACCCUAUAGAUAACUAUGGUCUUAUCUGUGUUUGGAACACCAAGGAGAUUGCAUAUCCUCAAAGAAUCCUGACAAGUGUAAGUGAGCCAACAUGUGCCUGUUUCAGCCCCAUCCGAGCUUCUUUGGUCAUAGCUGGCUUGGUGGAUGGGUCUGUGUGUGUAUGGGACCUAAGAGAACCCUCAUCUCUCCAUCGCACAGUCUUCUUGCAAGAUCAAGAUGUUUGUAUUCGGUUUCCAACAUAUAACACAGCGGGUGUUAGUGAGAAGGAAAACCAUCACAGUCCAGUAGUUGCCAUCACUGCUGUCCACCCAACAGUCCUCAGAAAAGAGGUUGAGGAGAGUUACUUUGAGAAUACUCUGGGCUUGUCCUUUCAGCUAGCUUCAGUGGAGGAGAAUGCAGUUAUCAACCUUUGGGUAGUGACAGAAAUACCAUUGCCAGACAUGGCGGGGUCAGGGAUAGACUUAGGACUUGCACCAGGUGGCCGCAUCAAACUUGUCCAUACUUCAAGCAUAACCUUGGAGAGCCCAAACAAAAAUGUACAGGCUGGGAAUCCAAGAGCACGGGAUGUCAAGCUAAAUCCAUCUGACUUGAAUCAUUUUUUUGUUGCCACAGACCUGGGUCAGGUGAUUCAUGGGGUGCGAUUUGGUUCACGAGUGUAUCCACGUGUCUUUCAACCUGUAGCAGAUUCCCCUUGUUGUGUGACCUGCAUUGAUUUCUCACCAUUUGGAGAGCCAUACUUUCUGGCUGGCUGUGAAGAUGGAACUGUCAACCUCUACCACACAUCUUCAGAACACCCUUUGACAUCUUGGUCUACAUUUUCUAGUGGAUACUCCAUUGUCUCCAUCCAGUGGUCACAGAGUCGGCCAGCUGUAUUCUUUGUCCUGAAUACUAACUCUGUGGUCUUUGUUUUUGACUUAACUGAAACUGGUCUGUCACCUGUCCACACAGAUCAGGUCUCUUCUGACAGGGUAACAUUUAUGGCAGUUGCCAGUGAUCCAGUCAUCACUGGCAUUGGAAAAUCUCAGCCUGCUCAUUUUCUGCUGUGUCUAGGAAAUGGAGUAACUGAACUUCAUUCAGUUUGUGCUGGCCUACGUCAACAACAGCCUCUAGAGAGAGAGUUUCUUGCACAUUAUCAGGAACGUUUUUGAUGAACAUACUUAUCUAUUUAAAAAGUAUGCCGAUCGAUGAGACUUUGGAAAGACUGUUUCGUUAAUAAACUCCAUAUGUAUCUUUAAUUUAUUUGGUAAGUUCUUGUGGGGAUAAUGUAGACUAACAUUAGAUCAUUACUACAAAGAUAAUGAAAAAGCACAGUCUGCACACACACACACACACAAAUGCAUCCACAUGUAGUGUUAGAGGAAAGGUUUCAUCAAAUACGUCUGAAAGAAUAAAGCUUUUCAGUUUGCUUGUGCAUGCAGGUAAUUAAGACAGAUUUUGUAAGAGAACCAUUGUGCAUGAUACUGUAUUUUUGUAAUGAAUCUUUUAUACAGGAUUCUUGAAUUUGAGCUCAUUUUUGGGACCUAUAAAUUGUUUAUAUGAAAAUUACAGUAUAUGACGGUUUAAAAUCAAGUUUUGAAUAUGCUAAAAUAUGCAGGAGUUAAUUGGUAUAGCAAAGUGUUGCAGCAGAGUCGACAAAAUUUCUUAUUGGCACACACAAAUCUUGUAUAUCUUUCUCCAACUUGACAAUAUUACCAUUCCUAUUUCUGACUCAGCUAAAAGGCUGGGUUUUUCUUAGACAACACUCUAUGCAUCAGCUUAUGUUCCAUAUUACCGAGUCAUACCAUUCUCAUCUGUAAUUCAUUAACUAGAUCUGAAAACAUCUUCCAGCUGAUGCUGCCACUAAACUUGUUAUCUCUGUAGUCCUUUCUUGCAUUGACUAUUGUUAUUUUCUUUUUACUGGCUUUCCUGACUCCAUGUUCUCCAGAUUGUUCAAAACAACUCUUCCCUUCUCAUUUUUUGAUCACUUGACUUCUCUCCUUACAGCACUCCAUUGCUCCCAUAUUCUAACUGCAUUCAGUAUAAAGUCAACAUCUUGUUACAAGGCACCCACCUACCUAGUGAACUCAUAUCUACACACUGCCUCAUUCUCUGUUCCUGUUCUGAUCCCCUCAGGAUUUGCAUUCCUCAGACCCAAUACCUUAGUUUUGGUCCAAGUUUUUUUUCUGGUCCUGUUACCUGGAAUGAACCCCAUUUUCACCAGAAACUUGCUUUUUCUUCAAACGUCACUUAACACUGACCUUUUUCUUCUCCUAUAGUGUGCUUGGCCAUGUGGUCAUACUACAGCCAUGAAGUGCUGCAGUGAAUAUGGUUAAUUUAUAAAGUAGUUAUAUAACAAAAAUCACAAGGAUAAAUCAAAAUAAAACUGUUUUAUUAAGAUUGGUUUGGUUAUGACAUUUAUAGUAUGGUCAUUUGAAAAUGCAUUAUUUUUUUCUGAAUUUGAGAAAUAUUUUCAUGAUUUUUAAAAAAAAAUAUACAGGUUCAAAUUAUUAUAAUUUAAACUUCACUUGGAUAGAGAAUUUCAUGACUUAACAUUAACCAUGAUAACUCAUAAUGUUCUAUGAGCCAGACUGAAAAUUGAAGAAAAAGCUGUAUUCAAAUAGAUUUUAAUGGUCAUAUGAUCAUGUUUUGCUACACUGAAGCAUCAAGCUGGUCUGGAAAAUUUGUCAGACAACUAUUUUUAGUUUCCAAUUAAAAUAUUGAUGCAA